AUGUGCACUGAGAAUGCAAAAUUUACAUGUCCAGAACCAGGCAAAGGCUGCCAGUAUUGGCAUUAUGACAUUGGAUCAAAGAUCACUGUGACACACGAUGGAGUGUCAACUGAAGUUAAACUUCAUGUGGCACCCAGUGAAUAUACGGACAGUUUAUCGGCUUGCAUUGGACCAUUGCAUUGGUUUAACGAUUGGCCUCGUUUGAUAGCAUUCAUCGAACUCUGGAGGAGACAAGGAACUCAUACAUUUCUAGUCUCCGUGCAGUCUGUUUCGAAAUCCGUUCAACAAGUGAUCGAUUAUUAUGUUGAUAAGUACGAUCCAAACUUCAAAACGUUCUACGUUAGCGACAAUCUUGAGUUUCAACAUUGCAUCUUUUGGUCAAAGAGCAAGUACACUUUUCUCGGAGAUGUUGAUGAUUUUAUAUACAUCAGAAACCGCUCCUACAAUUACUUUGAUUACCUGGAAAAAUGGCUUGCAGAGAAGAGCGAUUUUGGUGCUCUCAAAUUCUCGCACGUUGGAUUAACAUUUCGACCGAGAAUCGUUGAAAAUCCGUUCAUUUAUGAGAAUUUUCUCACAUUUGAUUCAUUCAGAAAUCCAAUCACUUUUGAUAAUUGGCGAUUUCCAAAGACAAUUUUUCUGACGAAAGCUGUCAAAGCGAACUGGGUUCAUUACCCGAAUGAAUACUUUUUGGGGAAAACGGCUUAUGAGGCCCCAAAAGAAGAAGCUCUACACUUGCACGGUCGAUACGAUUUCGAUCUCCGAGAGGACAUUAACGAAUCAAGCAAAUUGUAUCCUGAUGUUCAGUUUUUUGAACCAAACAAAAUUGACAAUACCCUAAAAGAAAUCGGAGCCAUUGUACGAGAGAUCUUCCACGGUGAAACUCCUGAAUAUCGUGGUGCUCUAGCGCAUGACGCGGUGGAGAGAUGCAGGAAUACUGGUUGGUCUGCUCAAUCGGGUUGUUUGGAGCCGGGUGUAUCCUGUUUUGAUGAUCUUUUCCCUUUGGAUCACUGGGUUUUGGCUGAGCCAAACGAAGACGGGCAUUAUGUAAUCAUC